AAACAGCUGUGUUUGUUGUUAUCAGAAGAUUGUAAUUGCGUGUACUUUCGUCGGCGUAAUUGUUUUCUGCACCAUGAUCGAGUGAUCGCGUAGCUAUCCACGGGCUCCUCAAAUUUUCUUUGACUCAUCGCACUUGGAACACGUGAACACGGCUGCACUUUUGGCAAACCGGGCCUCUGCUAAUUAAAUUAGUGCAGUGGGGAGGCGGCCCAUUCAAGGUCGGCCAUGUCGGCGGUAGCCAUCGCUAUAAAUGCAGCCAUUUCGGGCGCUGCUUACUGUAUGACUGUCCGGAUGAUUCCAAGAUUCCGAGACAUGUUCAUCAAGGCCAAUCUCUUUGGCAAUGAUCUCUGCAAAAAGGACAAGCCACAGGUACCCGAAUCCUUUGGCGUUCUGAUUGGCUGUGUGUUUCUGGUAUCCCUGUUCGUCUUCAUACCCAUUCCCUUUGCCUUCGAUGAAGCGGCUGCCACGGAUGCGAUUACGGGCGGGAAACCCGAUACAUUUCCACACGAUAAGUUCGUGGAAUUGAUUGCCGCCUUAUUGUCCAUUUGCUGCAUGAUCUUUCUGGGAUUCGCCGAUGACGUUUUGGAUCUCCGAUGGCGGCACAAGCUGCUCCUGCCCACUAUUGCCACGUUACCCCUUCUUAUGGUGUACUACGUCAACUACAAUUCUACUACGGUUAUCAUGCCCAACUUUGCGAGGGAUUUAGUUGGAACCUCUUUGAAUAUCGGUGUUCUGUACUACGUCUUCAUGGGCAUGUUGGCGGUAUUCUGCACAAAUGCCAUCAACAUCCUGGCUGGAAUCAAUGGCUUGGAGGUGGGACAGUCCUUGAUAAUCGCGGGCUCCAUUUUGCUUUUCAAUGCCAUUGAGUUGUCUCUGGGCCAUCAGGUGGACUCGCAUAUAUUCUCCAUUUACUUCAUGCUGCCGUUUUUGGCCACCACGCUAGCACUUUGGAAGUUCAACAAAUAUCCAUCGCAGGUGUUUGUUGGCGACACCUACUGCUACUUUGCUGGCAUGACCUUUGCCGUGGUCGGCAUCCUGGGGCACUUCAGCAAGACCUUGCUGCUGUUCUUCCUGCCGCAGAUAUUGAACUUCUUAUACUCCACCCCCCAGCUGUUCCACUUCGUGCCCUGCCCCCGUCACCGGUUGCCCAAGUACGACGGCAAGACGGAUCUGCUGCACAUCAGCACCACGGAGUUCCGCCUGGAGGAGCUCAACACUCCGGGUCGCCUGAUGGUCACAGUGCUGCGGAAGCUGCGACUGAUAAGCUGGCAUACCAAAGCGGACGGAGUCGUGAGGACCAACAAUUUCACCCUCAUCAACUUUGUCCUGGUUAUUUUUGGACCCGUCCAUGAACGAGUGGUCACACAGAUGCUGAUGGGAUUCCAGGUGAUGUGUACUCUGGUUGCUCUGACCAUUCGCUACCCCCUGGCCAACUACUUCUAUGCGAAAACGUAACCACAGGUCCUCGAUCGUUGAUUCUGAUAUUUAUUGUAGUAUGCCUUUGCUAAGUUAACUUUACAAACAGAAUACAUUUAUUUAAUUCCUACACAAAAUAUUUCCCGAAAAUAAGUCAUAAGUAAAAAUCUGUAUUUCACUCGUCAAUAAAGAACCAAGCGAACUAACUCAAAA